CCAAAUAUCUCGCAACAAAAUUCAAUGAACGCGUCAUCCGAGAGUCUUCCCCACCUCCACCAUAUCUACUGGACUCAUCCGGUCGAACUUCACCGGGAAAAGUGUGCGAAACAGUGAAAGCAUUGACUGAACUACGACAUAUGCCAGCGAGUCCUGGUGUUAUUCGACGUGCACAGGCUUUGGCUCAAUCACAGAUGUCUGUUCAGUCGCCAACACCAUCACAUAGAUCGGCAAAUGCAUCACAAUCUGGAAUAUACGCCCAACCAAAAGUAUCCAAAGUUUCCAGCUUUAGAAAUCCUAGUCCAGUUGGGUCAGCCAAACAACAUCAACAAAAUUCAAAUUUAAUGGCGCAGCUAAAUGCGCGAAUAACACCAAAUAAUAAGUCCGUCGAACAUCAAUCGCCUACCACAGAAAAGAAAAUUUAUGCUCAAAACCAAAGUAACCAAGGCUAUCACACAUACGACACGAGGAAUAAUGUACAACCAGUCAAACCACAACGAGCCAAUCACCACAAUCAGCAAAUACAACAACAACAGCAACACCAACAUCAACUGCAACAACAGCAGCAACUGCAACAACAGCAGCAACUGCAACAACAGCAGCAACUACAACAACAGCAGCAACAGCAGCAACUGCAACAACAGCAUUACAACACAGCAUCAGAGCCAAUUUAUCAACAGAGCCAAUCAAUUUACACUAGAGCGUCAGAUCGAAAUUAUCACUACCAACAACAGCAGCUGAUUCAGCAGCAACAGCAACAGCAUCAUUAUAAUCAAUCAAUUGAUGAUUACUCAACGAGCUACGAAAAAUCGAAUAAUCAAAGUCCGAUCAAAGGUCAAAGUAGGAUUUCUCGAAAAUCUCAAUGCAAAAUUGGCUGA